AAACCAAGCCUUGAUUAAGUUGUAUUAUUUAUCAUUGUAAAUUAGUUAUUACUAUAAUACAUCCAUAAGAGUUAAAUCACAUACCACAAAAACUACUCUUGAUUUUCACCCCCGUUUAAUUUAUAGAGAGUUGUGGCUUGUUUUUUUUUUUUGCAUAUUCCUUCUCUUAUUUUUUCCACCAUGUGCUUUCCUGGGAAAUGGUAGAUGAUGACGUCAGCACCGGGCUGGUCUGUAGUUUAUUAGUCAGCGCGAAGUUCCAGGUUCGAGCUCAGACAAGGCUCUGUCCAGCCAGCUCAACUUAACCACCACAGCUCUCUUCAAGGGGAUGUCUUUCAAAUAAGUUUACAAACCAGAGGCAUUGACCCAAGUUCUGCAACUUCCAUCUCCCUCAGGUCCUCUUGGUUUAGUUUAAAGAUCUGUUGCUUGAGGAUAAGUGGUGCUUUGUAGAGAAGAGAGGCGCGCAUUGAACCAUCCAAAAUUGGAUUGUAGUUUCUGUUUCUCGUCUUAAAGUUGUAAAACCCGACUCGUGAUGGUUGUCCUGUCACUUAGGUUACUAAUGGUAGGAGUUGUAGUAAGUCUGACUUCAGCUGACCCGGCUGGUGAAAUAGUAGAUAAAGAAGACUUUUUGAAGAUCCGUUUGAGAGAGUAUGGCCUUGUUACCCCCAUCAGCACAGAUGCAGAAGGACACUACCUCUCACAUCUCCUCUCAGCCAAUCACAAGCAGCGCGUGAAGCGGGACACUUUGGAAUGGUCGGCGCAAGCUGUAGAGACGCUGUUCUUUAACAUCACUGUUUUUGGCAAGGAAUUCCACCUCCGACUACAUCCUAAUCAUCGAUUAGUGGCUCCUGGAGCCGUGGUGGAAUGGCAAGAUGAGAUGGAAGCUGAAAACGUGACUGAUAACAGCACCCACUCAGAGAAAGUACUUCGAAGAGAGUUACUGAAAACAGACUGCACUUUCAUUGGGGAGAUCACGGAUGUGCCUGGAGCUUCUGUAGCCAUUAACAACUGUGAUGGGCUGGUUGGUAUGAUUCGCACUGAUUCUGAUGAGUACUUCAUAGAGCCUCUGGAACGAGGAACCCAGGAACAUGAAGAAAGUGGAAGAGUACAUGUGGUGUACAGAAGAUCUGCAGUAUUGCAAGCCCAGUCAGACAUCUCUUCGGAUUACCAGCCGAUUGAGCCUGGAUUCGAUGUGCCGAGGGUGCUGGACAACAUUGCUAAACAAGUCAACCAGACGGCCAGGAGACGGAGACACGCCGGCGAUGAUGACUACAACAUCGAGGUGCUCCUCGGAGUAGAUGAUUCUGUUGUCCGUUUUCAUGGGAAAGAGCAUGUGCAGAACUAUCUUCUUACCCUCAUGAACAUUGUGAAUGAGAUCUACCAUGAUGAGUCGUUAGGUGUGCACAUUAAUGUUGUUCUUGUGAGGAUGAUCAUGCUUGGAUAUGCCAAGUCUAUCAGUCUCAUUGAACGUGGCAACCCUUCACGAAGUCUGGAGAAUGUGUGCCGCUGGGCAUUCGGUCAGCAAAAGGACAAUCCUGAGCACUCAGAGCAUCAUGAUCAUGCCAUCUUCCUGACUCGGCAAGGCUUUGGCCCCACUGGCAUGCAGGGAUAUGCACCUGUCACUGGGAUGUGCCACCCUGUCCGUAGCUGCACCCUCAAUCAUGAAGAUGGCUUCUCUUCUGCCUUUGUAGUAGCCCAUGAGACAGGACAUGUGCUGGGAAUGGAACAUGAUGGUCAGGGAAACCGUUGUGGAGACGAAACAGCCAUGGGCAGUGUCAUGGCCCCUCUGGUGCAAGCAGCUUUCCAUCGCUACCAUUGGUCUAUGUGCAGUGGGCAAGAACUGAAGAGAUACAUUCAUUCAUAUGACUGCCUUCUGGAUGACCCAUUCAAACAUGACUGGCCCCAGCUUCCUGAACUUCCAGGCAUCAAUUACUCCAUGGAUGAGCAGUGCCGUUUCGAUUUUGGUGUUGGAUACAAAAUCUGUACAUCAUUUCGCACAUUUGAUCCAUGCAAGCAGCUGUGGUGUAGUCAUCCAGAUAACCCUUAUUUCUGCAAAACCAAAAAGGGACCUCCAUUGGAUGGAACUGAAUGUGCACCUGGAAAGUGGUGCUACAAAGGUCACUGCAUGUGGAAGAAUGCCAACCAAGUGAAGCAAGAUGGGGCCUGGGGUGACUGGAGCAAGUAUGGCUCCUGUUCUCGUUCCUGUGGGACGGGUGUGCGCUUCAGAACCCGCCAGUGCAACAACCCUGUUUCGUCUAACGGAGGUCAGGAUUGUCCAGGGGUGAACUAUGAGUACCAGCUGUGCAACACAGAUGAUUGUCCCAAACACUUUGAGGACUUCAGAGCUCAGCAGUGUCAGCUUCGCAACUCUCACUUUGAAUACCAGAACACCAAACACCACUGGCUUCCCUAUGAGCACCCAGACGCCAACAAAAGGUGUCAUCUUUAUUGCCACUCUAAAGAAACAGGUGAUGUGGCUUACAUGAAGCAGUUGGUGCAUGAUGGGACAAAGUGCUCGUACAAAGACCCGUACAGCAUCUGUGUGCGUGGGGAGUGUCUGAAAGUGGGCUGUGACAGGGAAAUUGGUUCCAAUAAAGUGGAGGAUAAAUGUGGCGUCUGUGGGGGUGACAACUCCCACUGCCGAACUGUGAAAGGAACAUUUACCCGAACCCCCAAGAAAACUGGGAAAACAAGAGGAGCGUUCUUAUUGCCGAAAGGAGCACGGAAUGUAUAUCUGAAUGAAUCGGAGGAUUCUAGGAAUGUGAUUGCUAUCAAGAACCAGGCAACAGGACAUUAUAUUCUCAAUGGCAAAGGAGAGGAGGCAAGGUCUCGGCGCUUCAUUGAUAUGGGAGUGGAGUGGGAUUACAUUAUCGAGGACGAAGUUGAGACGCUCCACACUGAUGGUCCACUACACGAUGCAAUUGUUGUUCUGAUUAUACCUAAGGACAAUGAGACAAGAUCUACGCUAAUGUACAAGUACAUCAUCCAUGAAGACUCUGUGCCCAUAAACAACAAUAAUGUAAUUCAGGAGGACACGUAUGAAUGGGCACUGAAGAGCUGGUCCCAAUGUUCAAAGCCCUGUGCUGGAGGAUUCCAGUACACCAAAUACGGGUGCCGUAAAAAAGGUGACAACAAAAUGGUGCACAGAGGCUACUGCGAUAUUAACAAGAGGCCCAAACCUAUUCGCAGAAUGUGUAACCUACAGGACUGCACACAACCACAAUGGAUUGCAGAUGAGUGGGAACAUUGUACUAAAACUUGUGGGAGUUUGGGAUACCAGAUCCGUACCGUCCGAUGUGUCCAGUUUCUCCAUGAAGGCACAAACCGCUCUAUUCACAGCAAGUACUGCAGUGGGGAAAAGCCUGAGAUCAGACAGCCAUGCAACAGAGCGCCGUGCCCAAGCCAGUGGAGGACCGGGCCCUGGUUGGAGUGCUCAGUGACCUGUGGAGAGGGUGUGGCCCGACGCCUGGUGACAUGCCGGAUUGGAGAUCAAUGCACUGGCGAGAAGCCAGAAUCUCACAGACCCUGCAGGCCAGGAUCUUGCCAUGAUGAGCCAUGUGGAGGAGACAAGUCCAUAUUCUGUCAGAUGGAGGUUCUGGCUCGUUAUUGCUCUAUACCAGGCUACAGCAAGCUCUGCUGUGAAUCCUGCAGUAAGAGAAGUGGCACUUUUGCUCCUCUUGUCCAUGAAGCGGCCGAGAUGGAGGAGGGACUUCGCUUCGGUUCAGCCUCUCAACUUUUGGAGACACUCACGGCCACAAUUAAUGGCACUGUGAAAGUCGCUCACCAGAACCUGCGGGGAUCCUCGUCACAAGGCCGGUUUAACAAGCCAACCCUCACUCCUCCACCUCAGAAACCCAAUGCUGAGAAUGGCAAGACCCAAAAGCGCCUCAAACCAGGCGUUAGAAAUCUGCCCGCAAUGUCGAUCCAUAGCCCAUGGAAUGAAAACGGUGCUAAAGACCAUAAAGAAAGUUUCCAAGAGAGUCAGUGGCCAACAGCAUUAUCUGAGGUAGAGAGAUGAAGAAUAACGUUUCUUAUUUUUGGACUCUUUCUCCAUUUUGUCUUGUGUAGAUAUAGACCUUUAACAUUCAUUCUUCCUUCAGAACAAACUUGAUAUGUCGAAAAGUAAGAGAGAGUAAAGUGCUGGUUCACUUUGAAAUGUUCUCAGUUCCCCUGCCAACAAUGUUUGAAUUUAAAACAUGUUUAUCACACAAUGUUGUGAUGAGAAAUGUGCCAAAGUGUCUUCUCGACAGCUUGUUCUAUGGGGGUUCAGUGAGCUUACAUAAAGAGACUCCAGUGGUAGGCCUACUUGUUAGAAAACGGUUGUAGCUACGUAUAUAAAACCUCAAAAUCCUAACAGCUUUGUUUUUAUCAGCUCCUAACUUGGAUUUGUUCGACCAAUAAAUAUUUAUGAACGUUCCUGUAAAUACUGUAUAUGGAAAAUGUCAGUAUUAUUUUUUUCACAAACAAUCUGAGGAUUUUGAAAAUAUGGAAUUUAGUAGCAUAAAUGGUGCUUUUUAUAUAACACAUUUAUUGUUAAGAUUAAUAAUAAUAUACAACCAGCCAUGAGUGAAGCACUGAAGAAUAUGUUUUUCAUGUGCCAGCCCCAGGAAACAAUCCAGCAGUAGACUAUACAUCAGCAAAAUAGCCAUCAAAAGGGUUUCAUUUAUUAAUCCAUCUCUCAGCUAGCAUUCAAUCACAAUUAUUCUGAUACAUACAUUUCACUUUUUUCCCUAAACGUCUUUUUUUCUUUCCCAUGCAGUGUUCAAGCAUCUCUUUGAUUUUCCUUUUUCAAUUUUGUCUUCUCGAACUCUCCUCUUACUUUGUUUCAAAUUGAGUGUCAACUUUGUGCCAGCAGCGGCUUUAUCAGUAAUAUAAGAGACCCAACAAUUGUAUUGUGAAAUGAAUCAAAUGUUUAAGGCAAGAUUUCGAAGGAGUAAAGCUGGACUUUCUUAAGAUCUAAAGAUAUAUCGUGAGACACAGCAUGAGAUAUCUCGAUUGUUGGAGAGAAAAUAAAGCUAUUUAUUUUUUAUAAACGAGGGUUAUAUUUCAACCACAAUGCAUCUGACUGCAAUACCAAGGGAACCAGUUAAUCUAUCAGUGGAGUUCAGCUGUUUAAAACCAUACACACGUUUGUCUGUGUAGUACUGUAUAGCUAUUGUAUAUACCAUUGAGAACUUUAGAGUAUUUAUUGAGAUUUCAAAAGUCGUGUUUAAUGUGCAAAUCUGUUAUUUCAGACCAAAAAAAUUGUCAAAUACCACAUCAGUUUUAAAGCAUAGACUAAAGCUAGCAAAAGUAGCUCUUACAUAACAAUAAAAAAAAUAAAAGUAGACCUAUGAAUAGCUUUUUUAUAUUUACCUUUUUGUUAUUCUUUGAACUGAAUUUUAAAUACAAUAAUAAGACACAUGCUCAGAUUUUGAGAUGUUAUAAUAAGAGAAAUCUGUUUCACAGCAGUUUUAGUAUAGAAAUUAGGGGUGUAGCGGUACGUGUAUACUGCUCACUCCAAAGUCUAAACUACAAGGGCUUUGCCCUUCAAAGGGAGUAGGGCAUAGGAAUGAUAACUUCAUUUUGGAAUUUUCCCCUCGACAGCUCGUGACGGUUCGGUACGAAUACGCGUACCGUUACACCCGUAAUAGAAAUAUUAGAAAGAAAUCUUACACAAAGCUGUCAAAUACAGCGGUUCACCCCAAUCCAAAACAAAACUGUGUUUUACAGUUAAUUCAUAGCUUUAACUAAUAAAAAAUGACACCAUGAUUGUGGGUUUUCUAGAAUAGCCAGUAUCUAGAUUCAGGUUGUAUCAAAAGUCUUUGUGAACAUCAUUCAGCAGAUGAGGUUCAUGAGCAACACAGAUUCAUGUUAUUGCUCUUUACUUUCAAUGCAAAAUCAAAAUCAAUGUAAAACUUGUCAAUGAAAAAUUUGCUGCUAUCAACAAGCUUUCAGAGAUCCAAAAGAAAACAAGUGCUAGUAGAUGGUACAUUGACAAUCCCUGAGCCACAAACAGAUACAAUAUCUUACAUAAUGUUUAUUUCUCCCACAACUAAUUAUUUUUUCCGACUUACAAAGUCAUGUUCAGUUGCUAACCGUCAUGUCUCUUUGUUUUAACUUGUACUUUUGUUAGUUGGAAUGAAAGUGUACACUACUGAGGCUGUUUGUUGUAAUGGGGAGCACAUAGCAAUAAAGAAAGUAAUA